AUGGCGGCUUCCAUUGCAAGAGCGAGCAAGCGUGUUCCAAACAGCCCGUGUGCUUGGUAUCUACAGGGCCAUGCAAGGCGCUUUAGUGGCCAGCAGGUAUUUGAAGGAUGGGGAGCUUCUGGGCGGCGAUUACAGUGUGUGGACUGUCACGCUGGUGGUGAGCCAGCACGCGUUAUUUUGGGAGGGUUGCCAGCGAUUCCUGGGCGAACUAUGCUGGACAAGCGGCUUCGAAUGAUGCAGCCCGACUUUGAUGCUUUUCGAAAGCUGCUGUUGUUGGAGCCACGUGGGUACCCAUGCCAGAACGCCAAUUUCGUGAUUCCCCCCACAGGAUGUCAUCCCACAGCUGCGUACGGGGUUGUGAUUGCCGAGCAAGGGCGUGUCUAUCCGGCGAUGAGUGGUCACAACCUGAUGUGCGUCGCAACAGUUUUGCUGGAGACCGGCAUGGUGCCCAUGCAGGAACCCGGCACAGACUUCGACUUGGAGACGCCUGCUGGCCUCGUUUCUGUGAGGGCUAGCUGUAAGCACGGAAAAGUUGUUCAAGUGACGCUCCAAAAUGUCGCAUCAUUUUGUAGGCCUGAAGACAUGGACGUUGAUGUUGAAGUUCCAGAUAUUGGGAAAGUCACAUUGGAUGUUGCGUAUGGCGGUAUGUUCUAUGCCAUCGUCGAUGCGUCUAAGCUGGGACUGGAACUAAAGUCUAAAAAUGGACGUGAAAUAUGCAGACUGGGUGAGAUGAUAAAGACCGCGUGCAGAGAGCAGCACCCAGUGAACCAUCCUCAAUUUGACUAUCCUGGCUGUGACAUCUUGGUAUUGACAGAGAAUCAACGCAGAGAGGGAAACCGAGUCUGCGGCAAGAAUGCCGUUGUGAUGUCCAAUGGCAAGCUGGAUUGGGAUCGGCCGCAAACAUGGACGGGGAUGCUGGACAGAUCACCCUGCGGCACUGGCACGUCCGCGGUCAUGGCGCAGCUUCACGCACGUGGCAUCCUUGGCCUCGAGCAGGACUUUGUGCACGAGAGCAUUGUCGGAAGUCAUUUUACUGGACGGCUGGUGGAGGAAGUCUUGAUCACUUCUGAGAAGGAACAGAUCAAGGCAGUUGUUCCCACAAUCUCAGGCAGGGCAUGGAUAACGCAAUAUUGCGAGGUUGUGUGUGACCCCUCAGAUCCGUUUCCAGAGGGCUAUGUCGUUGGCGACAUAUGGUCAGGGGAUGAGUGA